CCAAAAAAAAAAUGAUUUAAUAAAAUAUCCGAGAGUAGCUCCAAGGUAUGUCGGAGAAUCAUUAAAAAUAAAAAAACCAAAUUAUUACUAUUCACAAAAAAGUAAUAAAAUGUUUGUUGAUAGUGAAGAAAUGAUCGGACCGUCUUCAGAAAUGAGUAAUGAAUCCGAGACAGUGCGCGGGAAACGUCGGACCUUUGACGAGCUGGACAUCGAUAGUUUCUGCGAAGAAAUCUGCCAGUCCACGAAAAAACACCACUCAAUGGAGCUAAAUGACGAUCCGAUGGAUAUAAGUGUGGCUACUUCUUCUUUUCCGCUUGUCGCUUCAAUCCAGGAACCUUCUUCUAACCCUGGAUCCGUCGCUCGGCUAGAAGUUCUCGUCGUCGACGGGACCUGGGACAUGGAGAACUUCGAAAAGUCGGACUUUAUCCAGCUUGAGUCCUCGGAUAUUAUUGAACCUGAAAUUUUAAACGACGCUCAGAAUAUUACUGGGGAUUUUGAAACUGUUCUUUCUUACUGGGAAGUCCCUGAGGAACAAGUUAAAGUUAAUAGUAUUAAUAAAAAUAAUAAAAAUAAUAAUAAUAACAGUAAUCGUAACAAUACAAAUAAUUUUCAUCAAAAUUCUGUUAAUAAAAGUAACAGGAAUUUUAAUGAUAACAAUCAGUUGGAUGAAGAAGACGGCAAUCUUUCCUGGUUAUUGGAUUUUAAACUUGACUCUUUAAUUGAAGCACCUGAUGACAAAAUAAUUACCACAACCAAAAGCCGACAACCAUUCAAUUGCUCGGACAACGCAUCAAUGUACCAAAGCUUGAAGAAAAGUCUUGCUGAUGAAUCAGUACAAAAACAACCAAGUGUUCCCAGCGGGUUAUUAAACAAUCCAAAGUACUCGGAGCGUUAUGGCGGGCUGAAGAAACCGCCGUUUACAUACACUGAGCUAAUAGAACACGCUUUGCAAGAACGGGGUGAAUUGACAGUAUCAGCAAUUUAUCAAUGGAUAUCGGAACAUUUUCCGUACUACAAAAGCAAUGAUGACCGAUGGAAAAAUUCUGUGAGACAUAACUUAUCGAUCAACCCUCACUUUCGAAAAGGAUCUAAAGCGCCUCAUGGCGCAGGACAUCUUUGGACAAUCGCUAAUCGAAACGAAAUGCGACCUCGGCCUUUGCUGACAAAUAUACCUGGGAUUUCUGGGAGACAAAGCAAAAGUAUUGCUGAUAAUGACGCUAGAAACAAUGUUACAAUUGACGAAGUAGCAGCAGCAACAGCAAGUAUAACCCAACCGGAGGUAUUGUCUCCAAUAAGCCUCGAGCACUGCGCAGAGCAAAUACUGAACGGCAUAAAGAAGGAAGUACAGGUGCAGUACUUGAUGCCGAUAAUGACAGUCCAGAGAGAGGACCCAGAAACCGGGCACAGACACCUGGAGCUCAGCGCCAACAAGCAAACGGGAACAGAUUUCCUGAACCCAGUGGCCAAAGAAGUCGUCGCCGAGGAGUGUGGGCUCAUUGGGGAGAGCUACCUAGUCACAGAUCUCAACCCUUCGGCUCUGGGUCUUAAUUUUAUCGAACCCGAAACAAUAACCCCAGAUCACUUGUUCGGCGAAGAACUGAGCUUCCAGUUCUACGAAUUGACUUCGCCCUCGCAGCUCCAAUCAGCCUGACACUCGGAGAAAAAUCAACUCCGCGUGAUAUUGAUCGACGGGAGCAAAGUUUUGAGAGUCGGUGACUGCUCCAAAGACCUGGAUGAGGAUCAAUCAGCUGGACAGAAUCCAAAGGAAGAAUAAUUGACGAACGUCGUUAACAGUUGAUUAAAUUAAUUAAUUUUUUAUGGUACUUAAAUUAACA